UGCACAUUCCAUAGCAGUGAGUCGUAGCAGUUAAAAUCGAUUUAAACUGCAUUAAUUCUACAGUGUAGAUGCACCCGUGGCAACAUAAAAAGUAGCAAAGGGAAGGAAGGAAUACAGCAGCAUCCUGAAGACUCACUGAUUUUGAAGUUUUUUCCAUGAAUUUUGAUGGUUAUAAACCAUCAAAUCCUCAAAGUACUACUCUGAGUACUAUCAGGAUGCUAGCAAGAGAUGAAGGUCUUUCCGAUGAGUUGAUUGAAAAAGGCAAGGAUGUAAAGAGCAUCUCUGAAAUUGAGCAAAAUGGCAAUAAGUUCAAGGUCACUGUGACAACUGGUAGUAAAGUGCUGAUUAAUGAGUUUACAAUUGGAGAAGAGGCUGAACUUACCGCUCCAACAGGAGAGAAGAUGAAGGCCGUUGUUCACAUGGAAGGAGACAAUAAGAUGGUUGCAAAGCUGAAGGACAUCACAUCUGUAACUGAAAUAAAUGGAGACACCAUCGUUAAUACGUUGAGUGUGGGUGACAUCCAUUACAAGAGGAUCAGUAAGAGAAUCUAGAUAACUUAGACAUUUCUAUACUUUUACUGAGUAAAAGGGAUAAAAUAAAGAGCAAUGUGUUGAAAAAA